GAAGCUUAUUCCACCUCUACUUUUUUAAAACCUCCUCACGCCAAAAAGGCUGUGCCAGUGUCAUCUUCCUUCUGCCGCAUGGUUCUCGAGUUUCUCUCUCCAUCUCUCUCUCUCUCAUGGAAGAACUCAAGUUCGGGAGGAGGAGUAGGUGAGAGGUGAUAAGGAUCGAUUUCAAAUCACCAUGCAAUUUUCUCGAAGGAUUUCGGAUCUCGAUUGGCGUCUUGUUUUGCUGAUCAUCCCUCCCCUCUCUCUCCUCGUGUUUAUCUAUCUCACCCCCAACACCACCAACCCACUUUCCUCUUUCGAUCCUCUUCGAUCUUUUAUUCUCGGUCGUACAUUCGAGCAGCCCGCAAACGUCACUUUCAAUUCGUCGCAGCCGCCGCCUCUGACUGCUCGGGUGGUGCCGAACGGGACCGAGUCCGAGGAGGCUCGGUGGAAAAGGAGGAAGGAUGAGUUGGAUCGGUCGAGAAUGGCGGUGUGUUUGGUUGGAGGGGCCAGGAGGUUCGAGCUCACGGGGCCAUCUAUAGUGGAGAAGAUUCUGGAGGAGUAUCCGAAUUCGGAUCUUUUUCUACACAGCCCGUUGGAUCAGAACUCGUACAAAUUUUCACUGCUGAAGACCGUGCCAAGACUUGCCUCCGUCCGAAUCUUCGAGCCCAAACCCCUCCCGCAGACUGAUUCGCAGCUCCGAGUCCUCACGGCGGCGAACUCGCCAAGCGGCAUCCAGGGUCUCUUGCAAUACUUCAACCUCGUCGAGGGCUGCCUUACCAUGAUCAGCGAGUACCAAAAAAGGAAAAACUUCACGUACAAUUGGAUCGUCCGAACACGAGUUGACGUCUACUGGAACGCCCCGCUCCACCCCAGAAACUUCGUACCGGGCAAGUACUUGGUCCCUCCCGGGUCCACCUACGGUGGGCUCAACGACCGGCUUGGAAUUGGCGACCUCAACACCUCUACCGUCGCUCUCUCCCGCCUUUCCCUCAUCCCCAAACUCGACUCUGCCAGGUUCACUCAGCUAAACUCGGAGACCGCCUUCAGGGCGCAGCUCACCACCCAGGGGGUCCCUUACCUUACCUAUCGCCUCCCCUUCUGCGUCGUAACGGACCGGAGAUACUCUUUCCCCCCCAGCCAUUACGGCGUUCCCGUUGCCGCGUUGUCGAGCUUGGGGCCGCUGAGCGGGGCUAAAUGUAGGCCGUGCAAGCCGGUGUGCCGAGAUCAGUGCGUGGCUGCGGUGAUGCCGUCUCUCUAUCGAUGGUGGAGCUGGACCGAAUGGGGCAACGGGACGCUUGAGCUAUGCGAUGCUCACGGGGAAUGGGAGAAAGGGUGGGAAAGAAUAUUCGACCAAGUCGCUGGGAAGAAACUCGCCUCGGCCCGAAAGCGAAUACGGAAUUUGAAGGUUCAGGAAUGUAUUGACGGUUUCAACGAAAUGAAGAGGAUGAGAACCGGGACAUGGGAGGCUCCGCCGGCGGAGGAGAUUUGUAGACUGGGGCUGGCGGCGCCCAACAACUGACUUUUUCUUCCGAACGGUUAGAUUGUAAAAAGAAAGAAUCUGAGGGGGUGUUAUCAGUUUUUUACGCAAUUUUUAUUAUAUAUACAUAGGGAUUAGAGGCACAUUUGUUAAUGAUUGAUGUAGUAGUGUUAGAAGGUGCAAACAUUAUGAUGAUUUGAAUAGGAGUAAUUAUGGUACAGAUAAA